CAGCUAUCAAAUUUCUUUCUGAAGUUGCAGGAGCGGGCGGACGGCGCGCCAGGGGAGGGAUCGUGCCAGAGCCAGAGAUCGGGUCAGCGAAGGCAAAGGCAAGCGGAGUUUCCUCUCGACCAUUCGAGGAGGAAGAUGGCGAGCAAAGACAACAGCACGGCCGUGAGACGAGGCUACCUCACGCUGCACCGGAACCCGGGAGGCAGGUUCCCUCUGUCUACUCUGAGCUCCAAGAGGAUGUGGAUGGUGCUGUGUAGGAAAGGUCCCAGUGGGCGACCGAGGAUUGAGAUGUAUCGCAGUGAGGACAGUGUAGCUGGCCAACAACCUGUGAGAAUGAUAGACCUGGAGACUGUCCGCUCCGUACAGCCAGUCGGUGAGCCCAGUGACGUGUCUUAUAAGCUAGCAAUGAGGGGCAUCCUCAAAUAUGUGUGGGCUGAGCCUUGAAUUCUACAGCUGUGUCUUACUUGUCUCUCUCCCUCCCUGGACAGAGAGGAAGAAAAGCUUCCUGAUAGAGCUGCCAGAAGAGACGAUGAUGCUCCAAUGUACGUCCAAGGCUGACAUGGAGGACUGGGUUCGAGACACAAACAGACUCAGAGGAGGCAGAGUUGACCUGGCGUCAGGACAGAACAUUGGAGGCCAUCUCCCUGGACACGACAUCUAUGAAGUUGUCCCUGACGACGAGACUUUCAGAGUCAGGUUGCGCAAGUCCAGUACUAUCAACUUCUCUGGAUCCUGUCUCCUUGAGAUACAGAGGGAUUUCGAUCGCAACCUGUUCCACAUUGCCCUCUUCACGGAGAGCGACUCGCCGCGACUGAUAGUGAGGUGGCAGAUCGACCACAUCAGACAGUACGGCUCCAACAACCUGGCCUUCAAGUUCCAGUCGGGAAGCAAGUCGUCGACUGGUGUGGACUGGUUUAUCGUGGACACUGACGUAGGAGCAGCUGUUCGUAUUCACAGGGCGGUCGACUACUGGGCCAAGCAUAUCGUGGACCAGAUCAAGAACACACGUCCUGGGGUCAGGCGAGCUCCCUCCAUGCCGUGUCCUGCUCUACCAGACCGUCCCCCUCGCUCUUUCUCCAACGCAGGGACCAUUGACCACACCAGCUUCCCUCUCAACAGUGCCUACGCUCCUCUCGACAUCCACACCCAAGAGCAGGCCGGAGUGUACCAGACCGUGUCUCCUCCAGCCAGCUCCGGGAAGAAGAAGAGCUUGGAGAAGAAGACUUCCUCCGGAGGAGAGAGGAGACCUGAUACUGGGGACAGUAGCGGAAUGUAUCAGCCUCUCGGACAGAAUAAGGACUCUCCCUCUGCGUAUGCGGUGAGUGGACAUGUUGGUGUGGAGUACAUACAUACAUCAGUAGGGAGGAAUACAGUUAAACCUCAUAACAGGGACCCAUCCUGUCAAGGACACCUCUCUAUUUGUACCCCAUACCAUUAGUGUAUGAUAAUAUACACUACAGUACAUGUAUAUAUAUGUAAGUACUUGUUAAAGCACCGUUGGGAGUAUAGUACAGGUAUUAUUGAGCGAGGAUGUGGUCGAGAAGCCGAUGAGGCACGCGGCGUAGAAUAAAGAACGCAAUCGAUGUCCCCAAGUUUUGUCAGAGGUUUCACUAUGUGACACUGCAGAUGGUCAACGUUCAGGAGCCAGGAAGGGGCGGGGCCAGCCGGAGUAACCCCACCUCCCCGAUGUCAGGGGGCGGAGACUCUGUGUACAUGGGACUGAGGCAGGAGACUCGUCAAACAGACACCGGGGGAAACUAUGCCUGUCCAGAUCGGAAGUGACUCCACCUAUCAUUGUGGCCCCAGAGUUGCCACUUGUACUGGACUGCCGUGCUGUGUGUCUUUCAAAUUGUCUUUGUGUUGCGUUCACAUGGCUUAUCACGUAUUAUACCUACAUUCCUCGUCACUACUUAGUGUUUCAUUAUGGUCAUCAUGUGAGUAAGUUUGUUUUCGCGGUCCCUCGCGAGUAAACUUCGAGGAUGUU